AUGGCCGACGUUGAGAAGAAGGCCCGCUUGUCGGGUGAACAGGCCAGAGUCAAUGAGCCAGCAGCUGCUCCCGCUUCAUCAGCGAGUAUCUUACCCACGACCGAAAAGCCUCCACCUCCUAAACCCUCGUUGCACCCGUCUUUCUACGUCAUAACAUGGAUUGGCUUCAGCGGGGGUGUGAUUCUGUUCAACAAAUGGUUGUUGGAUACUCUUGGAUUCAAAUUCCCCAUCACUUUGACAGCAUGGCACAUGCUCUUUGCAACCUUCAUGACACAGCUCCUGUCGAAAACCACGACCCUCCUCGAUGGACGCAAAACCGUCAAAAUGACCGGCAAGGUCUAUCUCCGUGCCAUCCUCCCCAUCGGAUUUUUCUUUAGUUUGAGCUUGAUUUGCGGGAACCAAGCAUAUCUCUACCUAAGUGUCGCCUUCAUCCAGAUGCUGAAAGCUUGCAUGCCAGUCGCGGUGUUGCUGACCACUUGGGCCAUGGGUGUUUCCCCUCCAAGCUUGAAGACCUUGGGUAACGUCUCAUUCAUCGUCAUCGGCGUUGUCAUUGCCUCAUAUGGCGCGAUCGAAUUCAACUUGACUGGUUUCAUGUACCAGGCCGGUGGUAUUACUUUUGAGGCCACCCGCUUGGUCCUCGUCCAACGUCUCCUCAGUUCGGCCGAGUUCAAGAUGGAUCCCUUGGUAUCUCUUUACUACUUUGCACCCGUGUGCGCCGUCAUGAACGGUGUGACGGCGAUGGUGCUUGAGAUCCCCAGCAUGAGCAUGCAAAACGUCUAUGAUGUGGGCAUCUUCCUGCUGGUGGCCAAUGCAAUGGUCGCCUUCCUCCUUAAUGUCUCGGUUGUUUUCCUGAUUGGGAAGACAUCUUCGCUGGUCCUCACCCUUUGUGGAAUCCUGAAGGAUAUCCUGCUUGUGGCUGCUUCCAUGAUGAUCUGGGGCACCCCUGUCACCAAGACCCAGUUCUUCGGCUACUCGAUCGCGCUUGGUGGUCUUCUGUACUACAGACUGGGAGCGGAGCAACUCAAGCAAUACGUGGGCCAGGCUGGUCGAUCGUGGUCCGAAUUCGGGGUUCAGAAGCCGGCAAUGCGAAAGGCACUGAUCUUUGCACUCGUUCUUCUUACUAUCUUCCUUCUCCUUGGUGGACUGGCUCCGACGUAUGCACCUUCCCAGACGAAGAACCUGAAAGAUAUGUUCAGCACCGGCCUGGGGUCGUGA